CAGACACACCCGGGGCUGAGGGUCGUUCCCAGGGUGGGGGCUGGGGUGCGCACCAAGACGCAGUCCCGACUGAGCAUGCUCAGUCGAGGGUCUGCCCUCGGGCGCCGGCUAGGGGUGCACCUCUAGCGCCCAACGGAGGGAGGAGGACAGGAGUCACUAUGGAAAAUUACAAGAUUUUGGACGAGCUGAAUCCUGGGGCCUUGGGGGUGAACCUGGUGGUGAGGGAGAGAGAAACCAAAGUCAAGUUCGUGAUAAAGCAGGUGGAAUGCAUUGACGAUCAUCAUGCCAACGAGGCCCUGGAUGAGCUGAUGCCGCUGCUGCAGCUCCGGCACGCCCACAUCUCCAUCUACCACGAGAUGUUCAUCAUCUGGAACGGCCAGACCUCCUCUUUGUUCCUCUGCCUGGUGAUGGACUACAACAAGGGAAGCUUCCAGAACAUCAUUGAGAGGGCGAGGGAGAAAAGGAACAUCAUAGACUCGGAGUGGAUGCAGAACAUGCUGGGGCAGGUGCUGGACGCCCUGGGAUACCUGCACCGGCUGGACAUCACCCACAGGAACCUCAAGCCCUCCAACAUCGCCCUGGUGGGCAUCAACCACUGCAAACUGCAGGACCUGAGCUGCGACGCGCUGAUGACCCACAGAGCCAAGUGGAACAUCCGGGCGGAGGAAGACCCCUUUCAGAAGUCCUGGAUGGCCCCCGAGGCCCUCCGCUUCUCCUUCAGCCAGAAAGCCGACAUCUGGUCCUUGGGCUGCAUCAUUCUCGACAUGGUCAGCUGCUCCUUCACCGAGGCCACAGAGGCCAUGCUGCUGCGCAAGUCCAUCCGGAGCCUCCCCAACGGCCUGGGGGCCGUCCUGAGGGCCAUGGAGGAGCGGCGGGUCCCCCACGCCAAGAUCUUCAGCUCCCUUUUGCCCCAGAUGCUGCAGAUCGACCCCUCGGAGCGAAUAACAGUCAGGGAGGUGGUCCAGCUCACCCUGCUGAGCAGCGAUUUCCGGCCGACCAGCGUCUCCCUGCUGCUGCACCAGCGCGACGUGCCCGCCUUCAUCUCCGCCAUCCUCUCGGAGGGCUGCGUGGCCCGCAUUCUAGAGGUCAUGCAGAACUUCCCCGGCCGGCCGGAGGUCCAGCUCCGGGUCCUGGACAGGCUGCUGCGAAUGUCUGACGACCAGCUAGGUCUGCCGUGGUCGAUGGAGGUGGUGACGGUGCUGGUCACCAUCAUGAAGAACCACGAGCGGCUCCUGGACAUCCAGCUGUGCGCCUGCGCCCUGCUGCUGCGCACCCUGGGCCAAGCUCUGGCGCAGGACCCGGCCGCCACCGUGCGGAGGGGCAGCUCCAUCACCUCGGUCCUGCUGAGCGUCCUGCGGAGCCACCCCGAGGCCCAGCCGCUCCUGGUCAUGGUCUACAGCCUCCUCACCAUCGUCUGCAGCCAGGGGUGCAACUCGGAGGAGCUGCAGAAGGCGGGGCUGUUCACGCACAUCCUGGAGCGCCUGGAGUCCUGCUCCGGGCACAGGGAGGUCUGCAUGGCCGGCCUGAGCCUGCUCUGGGUGCUGCUGGUGGACGCGGACAUCACGGACAAGGCCCCCCUGGAGAAGGCCCCGGGCCUCAUCGCGGAGCUGCUGGCUGCCUACCCGGUGGACACGGAGAUGGCAGAGGCCGGCUGUGCGGUCCUCUGGCUGCUGUCCUUGCUGGGCUGCAUAAAGGAGCACCUGUUGGAGGAGGUGGUGGUGCUGUUCCUGCAAAGCCUCCGGCUGUGCCAGGACCGCGUCCUGCUGGUGAACAACGCCUGCCGGGGGCUGGCCAGCCUCGCCAAGGUGUCGGAGCUGGCGGCGCUGCGGGUGGUGGUGUCCGAGGAGAGGGGCAGUGGCCUCAGCCUCAUCAAGGACACGUACGAGCUGCACAAGGACCACCCCGAGGUGGCGGAGAACGUGUGCCUGCUGCUGGUCCACCUGGCUUCCUACCAGGACAUCCUGUGCGAGCUGGUGUCCAGCGGCAUCCAGACCCUGGUCCAGGAGGUCAAGGAGCGCUUCACCUCCAGCCUGGAGCUGGUCUCGUACGCGGAGAGGGUGCUGCAGAGCCUGGAGGCGGCCAGGCUGCCCUGCUCUGCCCAGGAGCCGUCCGCUGUGGCCCCAGAAGACCAACACCUCCGGAUCCCCGCCCCCUGCCCGGUGCCUUCCGUCCUGCCGCGUGGGGCUGCCCGCUGA